UUAAGCUCAUUUCAACCCAAAAUCCUGCGAUGAAGCUUCCUGUGGCGAGUAACGAUGGUUCUCUCUCACUCUCACUCCCACACUGCGCAUCUCUCCGCCUCCAGUUGCCGUCGCCGCCGCCGCAUUCACUUCAACUUCAUCGCUCUCCCUCAUGCUCGCCUUCGAUCAAACGGACCAUCUCUCUCUCCAGCAAUCCUCAUCAGAGGCGGGUUGCUCGAAUCAUCGCGAUGUCAGCAAGAAACUACGACGAAUUUGUGGUCGAUUCUCCGGCCAAGGCGCUUCGGAGGAUCCUGGAGAUGCCUGGCGUCCACCAAGGCCCCGCUUGUUUCGAUGCUCUCAGUGCUAAGCUAGUUGAGAGAGCUGGCUUUCUCUACUGCUUUACCAGUGGAUUUUCUAUAUCGGCUGCUAGACUGGCACUGCCAGAUACAGGUUUCAUAUCAUAUGGUGAAAUGUUGGAUCAAGGGCAACAAAUCACUCAAUCAGUGUCAAUUCCUGUGAUUGGAGAUGGUGACAAUGGAUACGGAAAUGCAAUGAAUGUGAAGAGAACUGUUAAAGGGUACAUACGAGCAGGCUUUGCAGGGAUCAUACUUGAAGAUCAGGUAUCUCCAAAAGCUUGUGGCCAUACACAAGGUAGGAAAGUGGUAUCUAGAGAGGAGGCUGUGUUGCGGAUAAGAGCAGCUGUUGAUGCUAGAAAAGAAAGUGGCUCUGACAUUGUUAUUGUCGCUCGAACUGAUUCUCGUCAAGCAGUGUCCCUUAACGAAUCACUGUGGAGAGCAAGGGCCUUUGCUGAUGCUGGAGCUGAUGUUCUUUUCAUUGAUGCUCUAGCUUCAAAAGAGGAGAUGGAGGCUUUUUGUAAAAUCUUUCCCAAAGUGCCUAAAAUGGCCAAUAUGCUUGAAGGAGGAGGAAAAACACCCAUUGUUAAUCCUCUUGAACUGGAGGCAAUUGGAUAUAAACUUGUUGCUUACCCUCUUUCCCUGCUCGGGGUAUCCAUUCAAGCAAUGCAGGAUGCACUGCUUGCAAUUAAAGGAGGCCGAUUGCCUUCUCCUGGAAGCAUGCCAACUUUUGGAGAGAUGAAGGAAAUAUUGGGUUUCAACCGUUAUUAUGAAGAAGAGAAGAAAUAUGCUUCUGCUGUCAGUCAGCCUUCACUAAAAGUGGGCAGUAGCAUAAACAGUCUUCAAGGGAGAGUUGAAGAUGAUUCAGAGGAGAAAGACCAAAAUCCUCAAGGUCCAAUUGUCGAAGUGAUUACUCCUGAGAUAUAUAAAGGCUAUGAUGCAGAUGGAUCGAGACGUCCCUUUUCUGGUAUCUGGUCCCGGAGAUUGAGAGUCAAAAUAAUCGGAAGAGAUGGAUUUGAGAGACUUGAUGUUAGGAUUCCUGCGGGAUUCUUGGAUGGACUAACAAAUAUAGUUCCAGCUUUGGGAGGUAUAAAUAUCAAAGAACUGAUGGACGAUGCAGCUGGAGAAGUAGGAGGGAAACUGUUACUGGAUUUUGUUGAUGGCAUGGGCGACCGGAUCGAAGUCUUUCUGGAGUAACUAACUUCAUUUUGUUCAUUGCAACUAUGAUAAAAGUCCAGGAGCCAGCGAAGGACAUUAUUUCAAGCAGUUCGCACGAUCUGAUGCGACUGCCGAAGAACGGCUGCAUACAACUGCAUCAUCAAGGGGUGGCUGGAUUAUAGCUAUUUAUGCAACUAAAUUUCACAUCUUAAAAUUGAUGUUUGGAUUCCUACGUCUACAGGUGUUCCUUACUGCUUAGAGAAAUGAGUUCUCUACUCAGAGAAAUGAGAUUAUAAAUUGUCAUUUUUAAGUGUGGCUCCUUUGCCUUGUUUUGAUUUGGUUGAUGAUUAUUGAUGCAGGCAUUACUUUAUUGGUAAAAAACAAAGUGUUUAAGACCAUGAUUUACAACAUCUUUUUUAUAAGGGAAAGUUGCAAAAACUAUC